CUUCACACAGAAACACCCGCAAAGCAGGCUCCAUGGGCGGGCACACAACAUCGCGACUCGACACUCCACAAUAAAAGCGUCUCGCAAUGUGCUAUCAGCUUCUCGAAAGAUACAGUAGUUGCGGCUGCUACUAUUAUCGACACCAGGUUGACAAAUGUUGUGCGCAUGGCAGAGCAGGACAUAUUGUUCAACAACGUACGAUCCUGGUUGGUCACACAUGUGCAGACCACACCAGUCACUUCGAAGACUACGGCAAAUACGGCUCUGCUACACCUGCACAAAAAAGCGUUAAGCUUGGGUACUCGAAGCAAGUGGAGGAAUCGGAUGAGACUGGUUUGGAUCAGAGCUCCCAGCCCUCCAUCGCGAUCCCCAUCUGCAUUGUGGCUUCGUCCUUGAACCCUGAGUCAGUGGCAAAGCGUCCCGGGAUAUCUGACGACUUUGCCUGGAUUGAAACACCAGUCCACUACGACUGGGAAGAUUCAGAUGCCGAAUCAAGAGUCUUGGAUCCGGAUAGCAUCAUCUCCGUGCCAUCUACCGUGAGCUCCGUCGACCCGGACGCAACUGAGACCAUCUUUCACCGCCUCCUUCAUUUUCAAGACCUUCAAUUCCUGUGGUCACACACGGUGCAACUGUCAGGCUCUCGUUUGAAAAGCAACCACAACAUAGCCCGGUUUCUCAAGCUGUAUGCUAUCGACCUUUUGAAUCUGGCCUUGAACACAGAAGAUCGACCGGAGAAGCGAGUGAAGCUGGAUACCGCUAAUUUCGUCAGAAGAUCUCGGAGGGAUAUCGCUCGGAGAAUUACGGAGGCUCAUUGCAAGACAUGGACAGAUGACAGUGCUGCUGCAAAUAAUGACAUCAUUGAAGAUCAAGAAAUCGGUGAGAAUAUCGGUGCAAGGCGAGAUUAUGACCAAGGUGAUAGCGGGCCCGAAGAUGAACCCUUCGACUUGGUCACUGCUGUUGCCGAGGUAUUUUUGUUCGAAACGGACCCAGUUCUGCACUUGCAGUCCAAUGUUAAAGCAUUUGUCAACCGACAGUGUCCGAAGGUCGUCCAACAAAGCUUCUGGGAAUUUAUGACUACCAAGACAAGCAACAUGGUGUCACAAUUAAGGCAAAAGCCUCUGGAAGACGGGAAGACGAGAAUAACAUGGACCUGUAAAUGCGGGAGGAACCUUUACGAUGAUUUUACUGAAAUUGUGCCUGGGGCAGUCAAACAGCUUGAAGCCGAAUUACGAUACCAAAACACCAAACAGCCUGAACUGGAGUAUGAUAACCUAGAUGCUCAAAAUACCCCGAGAAGCCACCCAAAUUCAUUUGCCAGGGUACUGUUUCAGAUGUGGACUGGGACAACACGGAUCUUUCGCAAAUUUCAGUACCCUCUUUUACCAGAGCACAAGUCUUCGCGUGGCAACAUGAGCCUCGAACUCGGCAAUCCCUGCACGCAGUCGUCACAGCAGGCACCAUAUACUACACACCUCUUCCUUCUUCUUUGUGUUCCUUUUCUCCGAUUUGCAACAAGACUCGCUCAACCCGAGGUUUGCCAGAUCAACUCCGAUCAGGAAUUAUUCCAACUCCUCCGGCGUCAGUAUCUCAUAGCACGUUCGGGUAAAAGAUGGUUAUGGGGCCAGCUCAGAAGAGUACAAGCCAUAGACUUUGUCAAAUUAGAGCUGUAUUCGACUCAAGAGCUUGUGGACAUCUGCCACUCUCCAUCUCUUCCCCAAGAUACAGACCCGUAUGUUUACAAUCCCCAGCCGGCAGAACACAUACCACCAGUUGGAGCAAAUCACCUCAUGCAUCUGUUUUCUCAUCCGUCGCACGCCGAGCCUUUGCCGAUUCUCUUCAGACGAGUGCCCAAAAAGGUUGACAACCCACUAAAGCCUUGUCCAAUAAACGGGGUUGGGUUAGGCUGGAGCCUGUACCUUCAAGAGGGCAUGAACUGGCCGGCUAUGCUUCUCUAUGGCUGCAUUGGGUUCGGACUCAGCCUUUUCACAGCGGUGGUUUGGGCCACACUUGUUAGCCAAGGGGAUGUGCAAGGAGGCUUUGCUAUUGGGGGCUUUAUGGUAGCAUUUUUAGGGUUUGCCGGAGGCGUCAUGGCGCACAUGAAUGGUGGGAAUGGACUGUAG